UUGCACUCGCCGCGUCCGACACGGAGGUGUUGCACACACACACACACUCUCUGUCUCUCUCUCCCUUGGCCACACGUUUCCCCACCCACCCCACAACACCGUGGUUCUCUCCGGGCGCUGCACCCAAGAGGGUCAUACGAGCGACAUGAUCAUUGCCACCUGGUUAUUACUCGCAGUGCUGAGUUGCGUUUGCCAAGCCCUUGUUGCACCUCCCGUGACGGUCGCCCUCGAGUCCAGUGCCGGCGACGAGGCGGCAGCCCGCGACGACAGCGUAGCCCUGCCCAGCAAGAGGAUCCUCAAGUACUUCCUUCCCUCCGCCCAGGCCUGGGCAACCCACGGCGCCGGCGUCGCCGUACCCACAGGUUCCGAAGGGAACAAGAGAGGCUAUGGGGAUAGGAACUUUUUAAGGUUUGGACGCAGCGGUGAUGCCGUAAAGAAAGAUGGCGGCAGAAACUUCCUCAGAUUCGGACGCGGUGGAAACGAGGAGUACGAAGACGACGAAGAUGGCGCCGCAGCUUCCGUCGAGAAGAGAGAUCGCAACUUCUUGCGUUUCGGACGCGACCGAAACUUCUUGAGAUUUGGACGCUCGGGUCCUGAGGAGCUCGGCCUCGAAGACGGGUCUAUGGAGGAAGAGAGAGGCGAUUUGGAGAACUACCUUCGGUACAGCCGCGCUGAUAAGAACUUUCUGAGAUUCGGACGUAACUACGACAAGAACUUCCUUCGUUUUGGACGAUCAGUUGAUUCCCAGACACUCUGCGAUGAUUGCGAAGAAGAAAACCUUAACAAACAUCCCAAAACUGCAUCCCCACCCUCCUCCUUUCCCGCCACCACGGUCUCUGGAGAACAGGGCGCCGACGGAAACUACAAAAUAGGGAGGGAUGCUGAAACGACCCCGUCUGCAGAGAUCCAAUUUCCAUCUAACGAAAAGAAAGAAGUUCGUCGGUCUAAGCGCGAGGCUUCCGCUUACUUCGAUACUUCUAUCUCGGGUCCUCACGGUCCCGCCUUCUGGGGACGAAAUAACCUGGCCAACGAAGAGCAAGAGGACGAGAGCUUUAGCCUCGACGACCUGCAGGAGGUCGCCAAGAGACCUUACAGCCGCGAUUUCUUGCGCUUCGGUCGAGAUCGCAAUUUCCUGAGGUUUGGGAAGAGAUUCGACGACGCUUCUCCCGAGUCCGAUUUGAUGAUGAUGACGCCUCUCCAAUACACAUCCAAAAGGGUCAGCCACAAUAACUUCCUCCGGUUCGGUUGAGCUCCUUGACGAGAGCACCAUAGUUAAACCCCCUCCUUUGAAUAAGUCUUUACGUCUUGAAUCAAUAAUAAUAAGACAGAACUCGUCUCGUCAUCAUACCAAAAUAAUGUACCGAAUUCAGUUCAUAGAUGUUGUUGAACUUCCUCUCCUCUAAACUUGAUCUCUUCUUCUUUCUCCCGAGAGUAAGAGAACAGGAAACUGAAAUGAUAAAAGUUUUACUCAUUGCUUAGUAACAAGCCGCAAUUGUUGGCACAAGAAGAGUUUGUAGGCUUAAGAUACUUAUGGCUGCAUUGCUAGGAAAGGGUGAUAUCGUGUUUUAGUCGGUUCACCAAAGAAAGAUUAGCUCCGAAAGGUCGGCGUUUCUCUAUGACUUCUGAAGUAGGAGGCACAAUUAUUAACCAUUAUGGUCCCAGUAAAAACAUUGUUCGUUAUACGUGUGAAUAGUUCUGGCUGGAUUAUAACUUUUUCGUUAAAGGUUUUCAUUUGAGUCAUGGAAGGAACAUCUAUGAAAUAUCCCAUGCUUUCCUGAAAACUUUCAACUAUAUAGAUCAAAUAAUUUUCUAUAGUUACUUUCCCAGAUGCCUUAGACAACUGGUUAUUGAUCUUAUUAAUCAAUUUUAUUACUGAAUUUUUGAGUAACAAUACUGUGAGCAAAUGGUUCAAGUUUAUAAAGCAGUUUUGCUUUUCGCUUAUCUUAGGAGGACAGUUUUGUACAUAGCCUCAUUUCUGAAAUUUCCUUUAAACGCGGGAUUUCUUCAGUUAGAAUCGCUGUAAUAGUUGAAAUAUGUAAAUUAGUUAAAAUAAUCGUUCCAGGUUAGUACUAAUGCAGUCGACAUAUUUCCCGACAAAAAUAAGAUAGGUUGGGACGUCUUCAAAAAAUAUAAAUAUAAUCAUUAUAAAAAUUUUGAGUGUUCAGAGAUUAGCUCUACUUCAUAUAUAUAUAUAUAUAUA